GUGUUGUUUUCUCUCGGCUCCCGUGCUCGUCGCAUCGUGCGUGUGUGUUGUGGCGGUGUUGUGAUAUGCCGUAAAAACAGCCGUUACACCGGUGACUCGCAUUCCGUGGUACCGUAGCAUACACCGUUCGUGGCGUGUGCCCAUCCUGUGCUUGGCCGAUAUACGAACUGUGCGAAACGCUCGUGCUGACACUUUGUGUGAUGCGAGCCGCACUCUUGCUCCGGGAUUGCUCGCCGUGAGGCCGCCGCCAAUCGUCCCGUAAACGGCAGCACUUCCACGAUAACGAAGCCACCUCCGAUCAGCGUUCGACGCAAAGCUGGCUGACAUGGAGAACUCCAACGUGGAAGAGGAGCACAUCGUGAUGACGCCCCGCAAGAAGGCGGAGGGUCAGACGACCAUCAAGAUGGAGCGGGUGGCUCGGCAGGCGCUCGACAAGGGCAACGUCAUGCACGAAGCCGGAGGAGACCACCGUGGGAUCGUCAUCAACCGGCUCGCCAGCAGGGAUGACGACGAUGAUGAUUCACCGGAGAUAUCGCUGGAGUUCCGUGUGUUCCUCACCAACGUGGUGACUGAAGUCCACACACGAGAAAGCCGAGAGCUAAAGUUCUGGUUCAAGCCGGGAGUGACCAAGAAUGACCAGCGCCACUCAGCCCAGGAAUUCUUCAAGGAACUGGUCAGUCCCAGCGACUUUCCUAGAGAUUAUGUGGGCUUCAUAAAGAAGAUUAUGAAGCUGAUGCAGAUCAAGUACGUCAACAUGCGCAAGGUGGAGAUUGAAAUGCGUCAAUUGGAGAACAUUACUGAACCUCCCCGACGCCCCAUGUCUCUGGAUGACAGCACACUUGAGGCCAAGAUGGAGCUCACUCAAGAGAAAGUCCUGGAGAUUAUUGAGUCGGCUUAUCCCAACCCUGUCUCCCUUGCCGAUCUCUCCAAGAACACCAGUCACGCCCCUGAAGAGGUUCACCUGCAUCUGCGCGAGCUACUGUCGAAGAACCUCAUCAAAGAGAUGGAGUCUGGGAGCUUCACCCGCGUGGUCCAGAACGACACUGAGGUGAAGAUGGUUCGCCAGAUGCCCACAGUGCAUGGCUCCCAGCAGCCGACCAUCGCCAUCAUCACGGCCCAGUACUGCGAGAAGCUGGCCGUUGAUGUCAUGAUUGAGAACAAGAACACCUUUGUGCGCUACAAGACUGAAGGCGAGUCCAACGUGUACACCCUGGGCAACAUUGGCGCGCACCGAGUGGUCUCCACAAAGCUCCCGGCGGUGGGCCACUCCCGGGCAGCCAUCAUAGCUGCCGGUAACACGACCACACGUCUGCUGGGCACUUUCCAGAAGGUCGACUACGUCUUCCUAGUUGGUGUUGGAGGUGGAGUGCCUCACUACACUGACCACACCCAGCAUGUCCGCCUGGGUGAUGUGGUCGUGUCAGCACCCAGGCCAGUGCCACCUACCACCAAUGGCAACACCAAUGGCGGCACCAAUGCCACGACGGGCCAGCAUGUGUACCUGUUUGCUGAACAACAGCAUCGUUCCCCCGACCACCCUCCGGGCAGCCGCGAGCCCUCGCCAUCAGAGCUCGCCUACAGUGUCAAAACAUGGUGCCCACCUGAGCUCAGGCUGCAGGAGCUGGCUGAAAAGAUGUGGCAGCAGGGUGCAGCAGACCCCGAGCUGCGACCCUGGGAGCGCUACAUCGAAGACGGCCUGCGGGCUCUGGCUGACCAGGAGUCGGAUUUUGCACGACCCCCGGAGUCCUCGGACCGCUUGUACAUGUCCAUCGGAGCGAAGGACCUCAUCGAAGUGGCUCACCCAGCUCCUCCGCCAGGAGCACCUGACCACAGGCUUCCCGGGCGGCCAGUGGUGCACUUUGGCAGCGUGGCGUCAGGGCUGGGCAGCGUGGUGCGAGAUGACACCCGGCGGCACGCACUGGCUGAGGAGCACGGUGUGCGAGCAUUCGACACCGGCUUCGACACUGUCGUCGAGUCCAUCUAUGGCAACCGCAAGGACCACUAUGCCUUCAUCCGUGGCAUCGCCGACUACAAGGACGGCAGCAAAGGCCGCGAGUGGCAGCCGUACGCUGCACUUGCGGCAGCCGCCUUCAUGAAGGCCGUCGUCUGUGCCCUCGAUCCCGCCGACGAGGACUGAGUGCUACCCUCGUCACGGUGCAUAUCCUCCUUCAUUUUUAGCUACUCUGAUCGCAUCCUCACACUGCAACUGUUUUGUGACAGUAAGUGAACCGACUUGCCACUUCGCACUUUGACAUUUUUAGAGCAUCCAUGCUGGAAAGAAGUAAUCAGAAAAGAGUCCAUUUGCGCACUUUGCAUGACCUAUGAUUUCAAUAGGAUACGCUAUUAUGUGUGUCUUAGAGUGAAACCUUAGCUAUUUGUGAAUUGGCAAAGUACGGCACUGUAGCUGUAUCUCUACCAGUUGUUGAUAGUUCCACCAGUAAAAGUACUGAGCAAAUAAUGUCGGGCAGUGCACUCACCUGCAUUGAAUUUCCUUUGUAGGACAGGAUUUCCUUGCACUCUGGAAAUUUUAAAAUGUUGCAGUCAAGUGUGUGCCUCUCGGACACUUGACACCAAACACGAUUUUACCCUUUGAAUUAAAUAUUUUACAUAGAUUGCCCCUGAUAUGUAAAGUGAGUACAAAUGAGAAGCAAGAGGUCCGAUGGUGCUUCUGAAGAAUAUUAUCACCAUUGGGUAUCUGUGCAGGGCAACAUACAUACCGCAAUCCUGACCUUUCGGUUGUACACAUUUCUGCACUUUCUAAAUGCAGGUUUCACGAAGAGCAGACACAUAUUCUCUGUGAAUAACCGUUGUGCACUGUGCCCAUUGCCUUGUGCCAUUGCUCCUAUAUGUCAUUGUUUGCUGACAUAAACAGGCGAUAUGUCAAACUUCACGAGUAUAGUCGGAUAAAACUUAAAAAGUCCAGGGACGCCCCAGCCAGAUGACUGAAGCACGGCAGCCAAUCACUUCCACGGCUAAAGAAAUAGUCCAGCUCAUUCACUCGGCAAUGUUCUCCCAAGGCAGGGUUACCGGCUGUGCGGCUCAUGACGUCAGUCUGAGGUGCCAGCCUGGGGUGACGUCAGUCUGGGUAGACUUCUAGAGUUGUAUCCGACUAUAGAUUCAUCCACACAAGUCAAAUGCCCCCGGCAAGAUAUCGGAUCUCAUGCUUGAAGAAGGGAGCAAAGUGGCAGCCAUACACUGAGAACAAAGUGAGGGUGCAGCGCAAUUGAAUGCUCUUCCUGCUUUGUGCAAAAGCAACCGCCAACGUUUAAGUGAAGUGUCAGUGUUUGAGCUGUGAGAAGAAGAAGCCUUCUUGUGAAGUUUUGCAACCCAUCUGUUGGCAAAGUAUGACUGUAGAUGAUUACUCGCGCCCUAACUUCGUUGCUGACUCUAAUGACUAUCGCCAGGUAUACGACAUCACUUCUCACUGCGCGUGUGAAGGAUUGAAUAAAGACAAACUCAAAUUUCGUUAUAAAUGGAAAACUUGUAUUCUUAGAUAUGAAACAAAGAAAGAGCACGAAAUAUCUCAGCGUUUGGUUGCACGUCUGCACUCUUAUGAGCGUCUCCCAAAACACGCAGGCACGCAGUCCAUCCCCUCCUGCCAACGUAACCGCACACCACCCCCACAAGCACAACACUCGCGGAGCGACACACUGCUCUUCUUCUGUCAACACCGCGGUCAAAAGUUGCCCCGCCGAGGCUAUGCUGGCGGAGGUGGCACAGUCUCACGGUUUCAGACCCUCGAUGCCGGCAGACGAGGAGUUGUGGUGCUUAUCUGGAAAAGCGUCUAGACUGCGCACGUCACGUUCAACAAGUACAGAUGGAAACAAAAUAGAAAUACAACAGUGCGUUAGGUAAGAAUGGCGGGACGGUCCACGGAGGCCUUCGGAAUUCUUAACAGUGACAGUCCUAGCAACCAGCAGAUUCCAUUUGGUAUUACGAUACCUGACAGAUAGCAUACAGUAAUUAUUUAGUGCAUAGGGGUAAAAGGCACUAGCCUAUAUUGAUCAUCUGAAGCUAAGAUAGUACUUUUUCAUGUUGAAUGCCUCACGUAACCGUGUAGUGAAGGCAGUUCUUCGCUGUUGACUUGACACUGUCCGAUGUUAUAGCAGCCUUAACUAUGUAUACAGAAGUUUAGUGGGACGGUGAAAAUUUUGUUUUCACGCUCUAAAAUUGGUGGCACUUGACAAGGUGAUCUCAUUGAAGCACUAUGUGAGAGAGGCCAGAAUAAUUUGUAGUGGUUGCUCUAUAAGAAUGAGAUACGCCAAAAUGUACCUAAAUGUACCCAACAGUUCCCUAGUGAAUCCCUAGAUCACCGACCUUUGGUAACACUUGCAUUUGCUUGCAUCCUGCCUUCAUGAUGUAAACAUUCAUGUUGUUGCAUGGUAUAUUGCUGUUGAACAAAUUUUAUACCAAGACGUCAUGUUUGGUUCUGUAACAUAACUGUGUCCCUCUGUGUUUAUAAGUCAUUACAGCAAUCCUUUCACGUUUUGAGUGCACAAAAGAACAAGGACGAAAAAUGACACGGACACAGCGCUGACAGGACGAAACAGUCGUUUUUCGUCCUUGUUCUUUUGUGCGCUCAAAAAGUGAAACAUGAAUUACCAACAUGCCCAAGCGUACGCUCUCUCAAGCAAUCCUUCCUCUCUGCUUACAGCAGUAAUUGCACACCACUCGCAGCAUAAGCAAGUUUUACACGAGCAUAACAUUCGUUCAUUGAAAGAUGAAGUAAGGACUUUGACUUUUUCUGUAGAGGUACAAUAUCAGUCACUAACUUACUUAGGUAUUUUGUCAGUUUUGUAGUUUACCGCACAAUUUCACAGUUGCGACAGGAAGCUCCAGCACUGGCAAGCGUUUCACCGAUCUGUCACAAAAUUGUUGCAGUGUAUGAAUGCACCCUUGUGAAUAACGCGCCAAAACAGACUCAACCUUGAGAAAAAGAGAGUCAUUUGAAGCACUGAGGUGUCUCUGAGCUGUAUUUUACUUCUGAAUUCUAUUCAUUUUGCAUGGGACCUGUUGGGAGAUAGGCAGCAUGCCAAGUGGACAGGCGCUAGUCUGCUGUGCAUCUGCACAAUUAUUUUGUUGAAUAUGCUGCUUGCGUGCUUUUGGUGUGUGUGUGUUCGUGGUCUAGAUCUCUGUUUAUGAAGCUUCAAGCCAAAUAAUCCUAUUUGUGGGCUGAGCCUGAAGGUCACCAUGGCAAAUGGAAUUUGCAUAGAUAAUUGUUAAGGCAAACUACAGUUCACUUGUACUGAGGCUACUGAGUUGGUCUGACAUUGUAUAUUUGCCAAGUUUUACUUGUCUCGUCAUCGUCGUGCUGGAAGGAGGCUUGCAGGGUCUUUUCUUUUUUGUUACUCGAACUUUAUUGAUAACGAAGUCACACGUGACGAAUAGUGAAUUCGUUAUACGUCCAAUCUUUAUUUUUUAUUUACUGCAUUGUAUUUGCUAAUGUUCGUUAUGUUGGUGCUCAGUUAUCUACAUUUCUGAAAGUAUUGUUCCUUUCCAGGUCUUAGUAAAAAGGGUCUAUUAUUAUCUUUUCUUGCCCCAGUGCCAGGAGCUCAGUGAACACAUGAUUUGCCGACAGGUAACUGAUAUGCUCUUAGAAACUAUGGUGCAGUUGGUGCCUGAUACAACAGGAGCUAUCUAAACACUGUCCUCUGACAAACGCACACAAACUUUUACAAGAGCAACUUCAGGCAGUUAUAACACUACCAAGUAAUGAGACUUGCUUGAAAUCAAGUCACUGAGGGAUUACCAUAGCUAUUCGAUUCUAAUAUGCUCUCUCGUUUUUCCCCAGGCAUAUUUUCUAAGAAAUUACAUAUGUACAUGUUAGAUUCAAGUAUAAAACCACAGCUGUUAUAGUAACUGGCUGUCAUCAUUGACAUUGAAGACUUUUCUAAGUCAAUACAAUGCACAAGCCACUUUGCAGUGCUAUUCGUAAUGCUGUCAAACUAGUUAUGCUGUCACGUUCACCAUCUCGUCAACUCUAAUAAACUCAGAGGGUAGCUAUGCCCCCUCAGGUAGGCUCAAAAUGCCAGAAUCAUGGUAUUCAACAACACAGUGGAAUUUGAAAAUGUCCGGAAUAUCGUCCGCUAUAGGCACCUCUGACCAAACCUUUCUUCUGUAACACACAGCCUAGUGAGCAGUGGGGAUGAAAUUGGAGGUACAUCAUGGCCACGACACUUCCCAUUAGCUAUCAUUAGGCAAGAGUGUCAGUGAUCUGCGAAUGCCCAAGUGUGCAUGGCUCAUCAUGAUUACAAUCACGAUUCUGAACAGAACAAAUGAUGAGGCUUUGUUUCUUGUCAUUUUGAAUAUUGUUGCUUUUUCUUUUCGUUUUUGGCAGGCAGUGUAUGUGGCAAAGGGUUUAUAAAUAAUAGCGUUCAGUGCACAGUGUCUAUAGGAGCUGCAGUAACCUUAUGCUUCCUUCACAAUUAAGCUAAGCUUCUUUAGUCAGCAAUGCGAUCAAGAAACGCAGUUUCUGAAAUCUUCCGAAAAGGGCCGGCGAUAAACAAAUCUCUUGGACUGUUAAUAGCGGUAAAUGGGUACGUGAGAGCAAAAGUGAGUGACGCCCAUUCCCAUGGUUGCUGAAAUGCAAUAAUCUUUUUUUUUUUCUUUCAAGUGAGGGCAAAUCACCGUUACCCUUUGUUCCCUGGCAUUGAAAAAGAAAAACUAAUUUGUAAGAAGUCAGAGGCGUUAGAUUUAUCAAUUGUUGCAGUUUCGAAAACGGGUGUGCAUGGCAGCUCAGUUGAAGAAUUGUGUACGUGCAGCUACCGGAAGGUUAACAGGAUUCUCUCCUGACGGUAGCCGUCACCGACACUUCCAAGUGGUGCUCCUCGCACGUCUCUGCUAGCUUCAUGUUGCAAGGUGUGAGAGGAUUAGCUUGAAUAUCCGUCGCACCGUUAAUGCUAAUGAUCUAUAGCAAAGCCAAUACCUAUCAUACAGAGCAUCUUUAUAUAAGCAUAUAACUGGACACUUUACAUACAGGCUGGAGCUGAACAGUAAUUAGCUGUGUCGUAACAGUUAAGAGCGAAGAACAAAGUGGCACCGUUGUUCUUGUUGUACGUGCAGAGCAAUAUAUGACUUUUACACGGCGUGCAAGGGCAGGUGAUGUGGAAUGCACGCUUGUAUGCUUCAGCUUCGAUGUAAAUCUUAUCAAACUCUCUAGCUUAACCAGCAGUUUAGUUUGCCUCUGGUAUUGGUUCGCUCUGUCCUCGCAUUUAGAAAGCAGCACCGUGUGAGAUUUCUGCAGUUGCUUUAGCUAUCUUUAUAGCAAUGAAACCUUUGGCCACAGCAACAGCGAGAGUGUGUCCUUGUUUGAUAUGCACAAACGGGAGUUGGUGCACUUUUGAUAUUCACGCCAAUAACAUGGUUCGUUUUGAAACUACAAGAGGAGCAUUGGUGCAGGAGUGUAUAGACUUUCCUUUGCAGGAUUCUUUUUUUUUUUUUUUUGCUGCUGUGCUACCACUGUCUCCUGUUGUUUGGGGGCAUUCCUCCCACGUUUUUCGUUUUAAGUGGAACUGUUUUGUGUUUGUCAAGUUGCAGACUAUUCGGAAGGUUAUGUUCACAUGUACUAUAUAUCACAGAAGGGGCAACUCGUGCGAAGUCGAAGCUCUAAGGGUAUUCUUUGACACACUCUUUAACUAAGGGACACUAAAGUUGAAGUACUAAAUCAGCUUAGAAUGCGGAACACAGUUUUAAAAACCUGUUUUGUACUUCAUUGGCAAAAGAGGAGGUUGAUUAUCAAAAUUGCAAAUGAAUUCACACACUUCCUGUUUUUGAAUUUUUCGUACAAACAAACAUAGCAUUGAUUACGUCUGUGCAGCAUCGUAGAUUUCAUGAUAUUCCUGCCUCAUAAACACAGGAAGGGUGCUUAGAAGCUGCUCAAGCUUGUCAUUACUUACACUCGAAUGUAGCACAAGAUAUUUCUGCUAUCGUAACUGUUAACCGACUGCGCGUGAACACUUUUCACGUCCACAUCACCACAAAAAGGCUAGUCGGUGACUACCUUAUAAAUGCAUUGGCUAAUACACUAUUCCCCAGUUUGAAUGGCCAUGCCAGCCUAUUACAGACUCUUGUUUUCCCAUCAAGCUGUAAGUGAACUUCUUUCAAUAUCAGCAUUCCUUGACCAGUUUGCACCAAGUCUUUUGUUUAGUGGUCAUCAACUAUUGUUAAAGACUUUUUAAGGAGGCAUUGUUGUACAUUUUUUUUACUUGGCAUACUUUCAGGGUUAUUUAUCUCCUGCUUACGAUAUGAGGAUAAUCCUUAAGUAUAUUCCAGCAAUAUCUAACGUAACCUAAUGUUUUCCUUUAGUGUCCAAUUUAAAAGUUUUAGUCAAGCUGCUCUACUUUUGCUCUGUGAUUGUAGCUAAUGUAGUUUGCACGAUAAACGCAACAUUAGUGCUUUGCAGUGAAAAUUCUCUUUAUGGCUUGGUUACGAUUUCACCACAAGCAGUGGCGCCCUUGUAAACAUGUGUUCCUGUGCCCUGCAUGGUGUGCUCAAUAUACAUACACAUAAUAAAUCGGUCCUUCAGGUCUGAAUUAUUAUUAGAGGAGAGAGAAUUAAUGUGCAGCCUUAUAUCUCUGCUACUGGUGUGUUUCGGUACUCCGGCACCCAGUUUUUUUUUUUAUUCUGUGUUGUGAUUUUAAAGAAAGGUUAUGCAAGGUUACAGCGUGAAGGUAACGCACUGCCUCCAUCUUGCAUUUCUGGACAGCCAGCUUGAUGUAAUGGGCAGCAUUCACACCGGUGAGUGACAAUAGUCCCUUAACUGGCAUUCAAGGAGCGACUUGCAAUAACCAAUGUUCACAACAGGAAGAGCAACCUUCCCGUAACCACACUGAAAUAUCUCACUAUCAAUAUGGUUCACAUAUGCUCAGCUCAUGCCACUACGACUACAUUAAAUAAGAUCAGCAUAUACUGUCACCAUGCUGUCCAGCAUGCACUGCUAAUUGGUUCGGUGGCUUUAUGACUAAUGGAGCGGCUUUAUCAAUCAUGGAGCUGAAAGGUAAAGCAAUGAGUUGUUUUACAAUCAUAAUGACCGCCACUUACAUCCAGUUUGGUCAUAUGUAAGCUCUAUGACUCACCGAUGUGGGUGUUGCCCAAAAUAGGCAGACUGUUCUGUAACACGAGCUGCCAAGAGGUGUCUUUCCCACAUUUCUGUUGAGAACAAAAAUUUUUGUGGGAUUUAUUCGCUAGCACAGAAUGUGUUUGUUCCUCCUGUUUACUGUAUGGGUGGUGUCGGACUGAUAACGCACUGAUGCAUUUGGCACGGUAUCUAUGGAGGCUCCGAUUUCAUUUUACCUUGAUGGAUGAGAGGGAUGCAUCAGCGUGUGCAUUAGCUGUGGUCUAACCGAGAUUGAUGGCACCCUGGCAAUAUGUAAAUAUGACUGGUCUCACUGUGCCAAAAGGAAAAGGUGUAUAUUCCGAGAUCAUAUGUCUGUGUUAAAACACACGCGUCAGAUGUGUAGCAGGUUGUAUGUAGUCUGCUAAUCCCUGAACAAUGAUGAGCUUGCAGAUGUGUUUGCCUGAGCUAAUUUUGAACAUAAAUGCUUUAGCAAAUGAUGCAACAGUUGGCAGCUAAUGGCGAGCAUUUUUGCUGCUUACACGACCUUGCUAACGCUUGUGCAUAACUCAGAUACGUAAGGCACUUGAUACUGUGUUGCAUGGCGGGCAUAAAAUACGCAAAAUCUGGUGCUUUGAGAAGAAGGUGGGAUAGCUAUUGCUUCCAUGGUGCUCAUAUCAAGAAUUGUUAGGUUCGACAUGAAAAGCAAAAGCAAGCUAAAAAAUUGAGUUAUGUCCUAUAUUUUAAACAACAUGUGUCUUCACUGUCAGUUAAUGUGAAAAGAUUCUCAUCUUUCAUGUUGCUGCAUUUGUUUGUGUUGAUGAAAUUUUACUUUGGAUAGGAUAUGGCCUUCACUGACAGUUGAUGAAAAUUUAUACUACACAGUAGUUAGAGUAGACUAAGCUUCCGGUUUAUGAGCCAUGUUCGCACUGUGGCCUAACUUGUGCUUUUGAGAUGUAGUAUCGUCACAGUGGCCAAAAUGUCCAAUUUGACUUUGGAGCAUUCUUUAGAUUAAAAGAAGGUCGAACUUGUUUGCAUAGAGGAAGCUUCAUGUGACUAUGACAUUCUUGUAUAGUUAAGGGCAUGUACUAAUUGUUCUUAACGUCUAGCAACUGUGCCAUUGUGUAGGCUCAUGUAUUUGCUUCUGAACUGUCACCUACUGGGACGUGAAUUGGUAGCUUUAGGCUUCUCUGACAGUAUGCAUCAUGACUCGUAUUGUGACAAAGGCAAACAGAAGAAUGUUUUACUACCCGUACAUUGUUUCUUCAGUUCUGUGUCAUUCUGUCCUUUUUGUCUUUGCAUGCUGUUUUUUUUUACUUGAUUCACGUAUGUAGUCAAUGGCAGAUACCAUGCUCUACUUUGUGAUCUAUAAAGGAUAGAAAGGAAACUUGACUCAAACAGACACAAGGACGUGAUGGUGAUUAAGUUUUUAUGCGAUACCUUGCCUUCAAUAUUUGAAUUGCAGAAAGUACUCUUAAUGCUCUCUGCAUUUAUGUCCUGUUUUGUCCUUGAGAGCACUCACUAGAACUGCGUAUUGAUUGCUGUUUAUGCUGACUUCAAGGAAGACCAGCACAACAGUUGGUUAUGCUGUGCACUGUGUUUUAUGCCAUCACUCUUCUUAGUCAAGCCAGAACCUUUGGUUGUCUUCACGUUGUAAACGCGAUAGUGUGUGAAGCAUUCCUUAGGUGUUCAGAGGGAGUCCUUAGGGAGGCAUGAAGGUGUCCAGAAUGUGUCUCAAACGAGCCAGUGUAUGACACGAUGAUAGGAUUGUUGUAGGAGACAUACCUGUGUACUGCCCGACAGUUGUCUUACACAGAGAUGUUUUUGUAGCAGCGUUUUUCUUGGUCAUUAGAAGGGAAGUUCUCACAACAGAUCUUCGCUGUUGCUUCGAGAGUGCUAUAAACCUACCCUUGCUGUAGGCAUCGGGAAAUGUAUGGCACUCGCUGGAAGAGGUAGCAUAUCCCAUGGGGACGCCCAGAACAAACGUCACGUAGGGUUGAUUGACAGUGUCUUCUUAUCUCCCAGGAAAAGUUGGAUCCGAAGGAAAGAGGGCUUAACUGCAGUUUAAAUGCUCAUCCGUUAGUUAAGCCGAGAAAUAGAGUAAAUAUAGGUAUAUAGAUAUAUAUUAUCGCUAUAGUGUGUGGGAUGUGCUGGCAUAUGUGUCAGGCCUGGCGAACCUUGUUUGUUUCGGGAAUGCGUGGCUUUACUUCGUGUGUGCUCUACGAACAAAGUGACAUAUGACCACUCGAUCUUAUUUUUGUAAAAGUUGCUUGUUUCACUCGGGUUUUGUCGUGCGAACAGGGCCCGAGUAGUGACACUGCCCGUGUCACAGUUUUGUUUGCCUUUUCCGCCUCCUGUACCGCAAGUGCUCCCAUAGAGAAAGAAUAAAGACGUUAAUAUAUUCCCCGCGCAAA